AAGAGUUACACAAAAAUAGGCCACACAACUUGGUCGAGGUUGCUGAACUAAACAUCCAAUAUGUUAGACUUUUUUACUAUUUUCAGCAAGGGUGGGAUAGUUCUUUGGUAUUUUCAAGGAACAUCACAGUUAUUUACACCAUCUGUUAAUGCUUUAAUAAAGACAGUGAUACUCCAGGAACGCACAGGGAAUAAUACAUUUUCUUAUGAGUCCUUGACUUUGAAGUACAAACUUGACAAUGAGUUUGAACUUGUUUUUGUGGUUGCCUACCAGAAUAUACUCCAGUUAUCAUAUGUGGAUAAAUUUUUGACAGAUAUUCAACUAAAGUUUAGGGAACGCUACAAAACAGUCUUGCUAAAUGGGUUUUUUGCAGACCAAAACUUUGGGGACUUCAGUGAUCCCUUUCACAAUAUUCUCAAAGAAAGGGAAGAAGAAACUAAGCAGGAACAAAAAUCUGGAAAGAAGAUGAAAACUUUUGAAGAGUCGCUAAAAUCAAAGAAAACUGUUUCCUCUAUGAUUGAAAAUAAGAAAGAUGACAAGAAACAAACAAAAGGCAAAGAGAAUAAAGUUCCAAAAGGUAAAUUAGAUCCACCAGUAGAGGUAACAAAGGCCUCACCUCCAUCAUCACCACCUCAAUUACUGCCGGUGACAACAAACGGAGAUGGAAUACUGGAUGAAGAAACAAGAAUGAAAAACCUUCAAAAACUGAUGUCUAAAGGGAAAAAAAAGUCACCCGUAACAAUAAAUAAAAGUCCUGAAGUUGCCAAACGCAAGGGUAAGCAAGGAACCAAGUGGGAAAAUGAAGGUUCUUCUAAGGAUACAGCUACAUUAGAUUACACACCAGGAACUGAACAGGGGGAACUUGUCUUGACAAAAUCAGAGCAAAACCAAGUUGGUACCAUGAAAGGAGAAUUAAAAAAUAUUGAUGAUGAUGAAGAACUUGAUGAAGUUGUUGAUGAUGAUUCUGAAGAAGAUGAGGUUAUCCAACAAAAAACUAAAUCUCCCAGCCCAAACAAAGGAGGCAUGUUCAGCAUGUUUCGCAAUCUUGUUGGCUCUAAAACUUUAACCAGCGAGCAGCUUGGUCCAGUUCUGGAAAAAAUGAAAGACCAUUUAAUCUCUAAAAAUGUUGCUGCUGACAUAGCAGAAAAACUGUGUCAGUCUGUAGGGGCAAAACUAGAAGGCAAAAUUCUUGGAACUUUUGGCAGUGUUGCAUCUACUGUCAAGAACACAUUACAGGAGUCUUGUGUGCAAAUUCUUUCACCACGCCGUCGGGUUGAUAUCUUGCGUGAUGCUCUGGAAGCAAAACAGCAAAAACGUCCCUAUGUUAUUACAUUCUGUGGUGUGAAUGGUGUUGGCAAGUCCACUAAUUUAGCCAAGGUAUGUUUUUGGCUGGUAGAAAAUGGGCUGAGUGUAUUGAUUGCUGCCUGCGACACGUUUAGAUCAGGAGCUGUUGAGCAGCUGCGUACUCAUGUAAGAAAAUUGAAUGCACUGCAUCCUAAAGAUAAACAUGGAAGAGAGAUGGUUCAGCUCUAUGAAAGAGGUUAUGGCAAAGACUCUGCUGGGAUUGCGAUGGAGGCUGUAUCAUCAGCCCGUGAUUAUCACAUUGAUAUUGUUCUUAUUGAUACUGCUGGAAGAAUGCAGGACAAUGAACCUUUAAUGAGGGCUUUGAGUAAGCUUGUAAAAGUCAACCAGCCAGAUCUGGUCUUGUUUGUUGGAGAAGCCUUGGUUGGCAAUGAAGCUGUUGACCAGCUCUUGAAGUUCAACCAGGCAUUGGCUGACCAUUCCCAGUCUGCUAACCCUAGGCUCAUUGAUGGGAUUAUUCUAACCAAAUUUGAUACCAUUGAUGAUAAGGUUGGUGCAGCAAUUUCCAUGACCUACACUACUGGACAGCCCAUUGUCUUUGUAGGAACUGGCCAGACAUACAGUGACCUUCGUAAUUUGAAUGCCAAGGCUGUGGUAUCUGCCUUGCUGAAGCCAUAAAAAUGUCUGGUUUUUUUAAAGUGAUACUCAACCAUAUUUUACAUUUAAUUGGGAGCUGAAUUGAUAUACAAGGAAUCAGAAUUUGUGACCAUAAAAUACAUUUUUAAGCCUCAAAAUGAAACAAUUUCUGUAAUUUUGUAACAUUUUAUAAAGUUUCAAUAUACUUUUAUGUAGUGCUUGUAAGCUUUCUUUACACCAUUUACAUCCUGUGAUAAAACCAUUCUGUUUUAAGCAGCUCCUAUGUAGAAAUAAAAAAAAAAAUAAACAACCAGCAUAGUUUUUUAAAGUUAAACUUUGAAAUUUUAUAAUUGCUUUGAAAUCUUUUAUUUGUUUAAUUGAUUAUACUAUAAUGAUAAGAACUUUUUCAAAACUACUAAACAUGAAUACCAACUAGGACAAAUUAUUUAUAGAUCAAAUGUUUCAACCACUUUCUAGUCACAUUCUUAUAAUUAAAAUUAAAACAAUUAUUAUAAAGAAUCGAUAAAUCUACUGAAAACUUUAAGUAGCAUAAAUGCCAAUUAUUCACUUUAUUUGCUCUUUCCUUAAAUAUGAAUACAAGAAUGUUAUUUUUUAAAAAUUCUAUCAUUCUUAAUUUGUUUUUUUUUUUCUGAUUGAAUUAAUCUUCAUCCAGAAUCCCACCUUUACUUUAUUCUAUUUUUAAAUGAAUUGAUACAUAAAUUGUGCAGACAUGUUAGUUUUUUUCUGAAACCCUUUUGAGCUUAGCAAUGAUGUGUAUCAAAUGUUUUAGUCUCAGCUACUGUAACUCUAUUUACCAAAAGUUUCAGUGCCGAAGUGGAUAUUGUUUUCAUCUGGCUGUCAUUAAUUAAUGUAAUAAUUUACAUGCUGUUCUUUUUUCCUAUAGAAAUUAUCAGUUAAUAGGUAUUCUUUUUACUUUAUUGACUGAGAAGAAUUAUUAAUGUAAAUUAUAGUGCAGUUUAAUAUCCCAUUAACUCUUCAUAUAUAUAUAUAUACAUUUUUUAAUGUGCCUACUCAGUUAUAAACGAUACCAAGAACUUACCAAGUAUUUACCAUUUUGGCCUAUAGUAACUUUGAAAUAAAUAGUUAUUCUACAUUCUAAUAAACACAAAUAAUAAUUGAUCUUGUUACAGGAAAUAUGUCAUUAGAACAAUAUUGCCACAUUUACUGAGAAAUCAUUUGUUCAUUUUUAAAUACUGUUUUUGUUGUUUUUAGUCACACCAUUUGGGUGUGAAAUGUUGAUUAUAAUUUAUUAAUGCUGUUGUAUUAUUGAACAUGUGAUUGAAAUGGUGUAAGAAGGAACAACUGCUCUAUAGUCCUUAAUAUCAAAUGUGUUUUCUAGUAUUUUGUUUGAAGAUAUAAUUUAUGAUCAUGCAUACAUUAAGGGAGGGGAUUUUUUUUUUAAUUUGGAAAAAAUGUUUAUACUGGGUGGAUGGAUUUUGUUCUCAAUUCAAUAAAUGUAACAAUAAAAGCA